GUGCGUGCAUUGUCGGAAUGGCGCACGUCUGUGAUCGAGCUGCCAUCGGCGAUGACGAUCGUCGCUGCGAAUUUUGCAGCAAACUGUUCAUACAGAGGAAGAACAUGCUGCAACACAUCAGGAACGUUCACAAAAUGGCCGUGGAUGUCAAGAAAUUGAUGAAAUGCGACGUAUAUGUGGCACUUCCCUGCCAACAAUGGAGAAGUAUUCGGUGCACCAGAUCGCUGCGCACAACUUCGAGGCUGAUUACGUGCACCUGGUGUUCCGGAACAAUAAGGAAUUUCAUGAAUGGAAAGCAGAAGAAGAGGGUAGCCAAAACUGCUGGUUCAUUUUGCCCAGGGACCCCAAAAAGCUGGCCAGUGGAGAAACAAGGAUCCACUAUUACUGUAAUAGAUCAGGCGAGGCAAGGAAAAAGGAAGGUCAUAGUGACCGUCGGGAGAAAAGUCAGGGGAGCUGUAGGUCUGAUCUUGUGCUAUGAGAUGAGGAGGUGUAAAAUAAAAACACCGUGUAGAUUUCACAAUGCCUUUAAGAAACCGCGCGAAGCUUGGAGAUGAAGCAUUACAUGCACCUUGAACCAAGUGUCUGGACACAGCGAGUGAAAGUUGUUUUGUCAUGAGCGAGGGUGUCGGUGUUACUUGUAACUACCUUUAAAUAAAGGUUUGUUUCAAAACAGUG